AUGCCCUUUGCGCAGCUCAUUCUCGGUGCUCCAGGCUCUGGAAAGAGCACCUAUUGCGAUGGCAUGCACCAGUUUAUGGGCGCCAUUGGCCGCGCAUGCUCCGUGGUCAACCUCGAUCCCGCAAACGAUCACACAAACUAUCCGAAAGCUCUCGAUAUCCGCGACCUCGUCAAGCUAGAAGAUAUCAUGGCUGGUGACAAGCUGGGCCCCAACGGCGGCAUCCUCUAUGCCCUAGAGGAGCUCGAGCACAACAUGGAGUGGCUGGAGGAAGGCUUGAAAGAAUUCAGCGAAGACUACAUUCUCUUUGACUGCCCGGGUCAAGUCGAGCUAUAUACACACCACAACUCUCUGCGCAAUAUCUUCUCCAGGCUGCAGAAGAUUGGCUUUAGACUUGUCGUCGUACAUCUCUCCGAUUCCUUUUGCUUGACCCAACCCUCGCUGUACAUCUCCAACCUACUCCUGGCCCUUCGCGCCAUGCUCCAGAUGGACAUGCCACACAUCAACGUCCUGACCAAGAUCGAUAAAGUCGCCUCCUAUGACGAUCUCCCCUUCAACCUCGAAUACUAUACCGACGUCGAUGACCUCUCGUAUCUGAUCCCAUACUUGGAAGAAGAAUCGCCGGCGAUGCGCAACGAAAAGUUCAGCAGACUCAAUGAAGCCGUGUCAAACAUGAUCGAGAGCUACAGCCUAGUCCGGUUCGAGGUCCUGGCAGUCGAAGACAAGAAGAGCAUGAUGCAUCUCCUCCGGGUGAUCGACCGAGCAGGAGGAUACGCCUUUGGCAGUGCAGAAGGCGCAAAUGACUCCGUCUGGCAGGUCGCAAUGCGCAACGAGUCGUCUAUGAUGGAGGUGCAGGAUAUCCAGGAGCGCUGGGUCGAUCGUAAGGCGGAAUACGACGAGCUGGAGCGGAAGGAAUGGGAAGAGCAGGCCAAGAUGCGGGAGGAGGAUGAUCCCAGCGCCGGGCAGGCGCCGCCGCCGCCGGCCGACGAUUAUGAUCCAGACUUUGGCGACAUGACGAUACCUGCAGAUAGUGGCAUAAAAGUAGUGCGCAAGAACAAAUGA